AUGGUUGUUGAUGAGAAGAAGCGUUAUAAGUUGGAGACGGUUGUUGAUGGAAAGAAGCAUUAUAAGUUGGAGACAGUUGUUGAAGCGAUAUUAGUUGAAGAUGUAGGGAUAGCAGAAGGAACAGGUGAAUUGUCUCUUG